AUGAAGCUGAAAAAGCAGGUGACGGUCUGUGGAGGAGCCAUAUUCUGUGUGGCCGUAUUUUCCCUGUAUCUUAUGUUGGACAGGGUCCAACACGACCCUGCAAUGCGACAGAACGGCGGUGGGAACUUCCCAAGGAGCCAAAUCUCUGUUCUGCAGAACCGCAUAGAACAGCUGGAGCAGCUACUGGAGGAGAACCACCAGAUCAUCAGCCACAUCAAGGACUCUGUUCUGGAGCUGACCGACACUGGCGCUGUGUCCCCCAGCGGACAGCUGCCCUUCCACAGUGCCAAUGGUUCCUGGGUCCUGCCCUUUGAUGGACGCCCCACCUUCCUCUCCGUCAAGCCCCAGGACGGCCAGUUCGCACAGGGACGCCGCGGACAUACCGACCUGCAGAUGCUAGACAUAUACUCCCUGUUGAAGUUUGACAAUGUGGACGGGGGUGUGUGGAAGCAGGGCUUUGAGAUCACCUAUGAGCCUGGGGCGUGGGACAAUGAACCGUUGCAGGUGUUUGUGGUCCCUCACUCCCACAACGACCCAGGCUGGAUCAAGACGUUUGAUAAGUACUACACAGAUCAGACGCAGCACAUCUUCAACAACAUGCUGGUCAAGCUGACUGAGGACCCACGCAGGAAGUUCAUUUGGUCUGAGAUCUCCUUCUUUGCCAAGUGGUGGGAGAGCGCCGACAUGCACAAGCAGGAAGCCAUGCGCAAGCUAAUCCUGGGAGGGCAGCUGGAGAUAGUGACCGGAGGAUGGGUUAUGACUGAUGAGGCCAACGUUCACUACUUCGCCAUGAUUGACCAGCUCAUAUAGGGCCAUCAGUGGCUGGAGAAGAAUGUGGGUGUGACCCCUCAGUCGGGUUGGGCGGUGGACCCCUUUGGCCACAGUGCCACCAUGGCCUACUUGCUGAAGAGGGCCAACCUGACCAGCAUGCUCAUCCAGAGGGUCCACUACUCCAUCAAGAAGCAUUUCGCCUCCAGCCGCAGCCUGGAGUUCAUGUGGAGGCAGUCCUGGGACCAGGAGUCGGGCACGGACAUCUUCUGCCACAUGAUGCCCUUCUACAGUUAUAACGUGCCACACACCUGCGGACCUGAACCCAAGAUCUGCUGCCAGUUUGACUUCAAGAGGCUGCCGGGCGGCCGGGUCAACUGUCCCUGGAAGGUUCCUCCGCGGGCCGUGGUGGAGGCCAACGUGGCAGAAAGGGCCCACCUGCUCUUGGACCAGUACCGUAAGAAGUCCAAGCUGUUCCGCAGUAAGGUGGUUCUGAUUCCACUGGGAGAUGACUUCCGCUACGACAAGGCCCUGGAGUGGGACCAGCAGUACCUCAACUACCAGAGACUCUUUGACUACAUGAACUCUCACUCAGAGAUGCAUGUGCAGGCCCAGUUUGGGACCCUGACCGACUACUUUACUGCGGUUUACAAGGCCAAUGGUGUGCCCCAGGGUGUCAGACCCCCAGAAUACCCGGUGCUGAGCGGGGACUUCUUUGCGUACGCAGACCGAGAGGACCACUACUGGAGCGGCUAUUACACUUCCCGGCCCUUCUACAAGAGCAUGGACCGGGUGCUGGAGUCCCAUCUCAGAGGUGCAGAGUUCCUGUUCAGUCUGGCUGUGGCUUACGCUCGCCACGCGGGAAUGGAAGGCCGCUACCCCACGUCAGACUACACCCUGCUGACGGAAGCCAGGCGCACCGUCGCCCUGUUCCAGCAUCACGAUGCCAUCACAGAUACCGCCAAGGAGAACGUGGUUAUCGACUACGGCAACAGGUUACUGCGCUCCCUGCAGGGCCUGAAGAGAGUAAUCAUUAACGCAGCCCACUUCCUGGUAAUGAAAAACAAGGACGUGUAUCGCUUCUACCAGACAGAACCCUUCCUAGAGACGGAUGAUAGGCGUGCCACCCAAGACUCCCUGCCCCAGCGCACCCUUAUCGAACUGGGCCAAUCAGGACCUAGGUACCUGGUGCUGUUCAACCCAGUGGAGCAGGACAGGCUGUGUGUGGUGACAGUGUUGGUGAACUCUGUCAGGGUCCGGGUGCUCACAGAGGAUGGACAGACCCUCCCUGUACAGCUCAGUGCCCAGUGGAGCUCUGCUAGUCAGAUGAGCGCAGAGGGCUUCCAGGCCUCCUUCACGGUGCGUCUGCCUGCCCUGGGCCUGGCUGUGUUCCAGCUUUAUGACUCUGCUGACACCCCCAUGACGCUGCGCUCUGAGACCCUGCUGAGGCGGUCUGGUCAGGGGCAGACUGCCCACGCCGUGGACCCCUUCCCAUUGCGCUCCCAGACAGCAGAUCCACAGAUCUUCUACAUCUCCACCCAGUCCGUUACACUGGGCUUCUCUGGAACCACUGGCCUGCUGGAGAGUAUCCAUCGUAAAGACGACCCCCAGGAGGUCAAGGUUCAGAUCCAGUUUGUGACGUACGGCACUCGGUCCUCAAAGGACAAGAGCGGAGCUUACCUCUUCCUGCCUGAUGGGAAGGCUAAGCCCUACAGUCAGAAGGAGCCACCGGUGGUGCGUGUGGUGGAGGGCCCUCUCUUCUCUGAGGUAGUGGCUAUGUACCAGCACUUCCAACACACCAUUCGCAUACACAAUGUGCCAGGUGUGGACGGUCUGUCCCUGGAUGUCACCACCAUGGUGGACAUCAGAGAACAGUCUAACAAAGAGCUGGCCAUGCGUCUGGUCACGGACAUACAGAAUGACGAUACCUUCUACACAGACCUCAACGGAUUCCAGAUGCAGCCCCGGCGCCACUUCCUGAAGCUCCCCCUGCAAGCCAACUUCUACCCCAUGCCCAGCCAGGCCUACAUCCAGGACAGCCAUCUCCGCCUCACCCUGCACUCUGCCCAGGCCCUGGGCGUCACCAGCCUAGAGGGCGGCCAGUUGGAGGUGAUUCUGGACCGGCGGCUGAUGCAGGAUGAUAACCAUGGCCUGGGCCAGGGCCUGAAGGACAACAAGAAGACGGCCAACCGCUUCCGCCUCCUACUGGAGAGGAGGUCCACUGGCAACAAGGCCUCCCAGGUGGUGGACAGCAGACCAACCAGCUUCCCCUCCCUACUUAGUCACAUGACCUCGGCCAUCCUCAACCACGAGGUGCUGGCACUGCCCGUGCUGCCCAAGAAGCGUGGCAUCCCUCCCUUGCACACCUUCGCCCCGCCCUGUGACUUCCACAUGCUCAACCUGCGCAGCGUCCAGCACCAGCAGGACACCCACUCCCCGUCUCCCUACACGGCCCUCAUCCUGCAUCGGAAGGGUCUGGACUGUGACCUGGAGACCCCCAACCCUGGGUUCAACUGUACCACUUCCGAGGGACAGCUGGGUGUGUCUUCUCUGUUCCGUAACCUGGACCUCCAGCUGCUGCAGCCCGUGUCUCUGUCCCUGAUGUACUCCAGCCCCCCUCUGGCCAAUGACUCCUCCAUCAGCCUGGAGCCCAUGGAGAUCUCAGCCUUCAGGCUCAAACUGCUCUAGCCAGGCUCAGAUAAACACAUCAGACCAGACACACCCAGGCCAGGCCUGGUCCCACCUGGUUUUGUCUGUUCAGUUCUAGUCUAUAGGAAGACUGCCUCCCAGUGAACAGAGGGGUGGCCAAGCUGGGGCUUCCUGGUCCAACCUGUGUAUACAACACAUAGUACACUACACCACUCUACACUAAACCACUCUGCACCACACCACACUACACUACACCACACACACCCUGAACUGUAAAGUCAACUUUGAAGAGCAGGUGUCCACCAUGACUAGACUAUAACUGCAGGGGGCAGAUGGCUCUCAGACACACAGUGGCUGUCUCCAAUCUAUCUCAGAGAACCAGAAACCUUUGGUGAUUUAGUUUUUGUGCUUGUGAUAAUAAAGGUGAUGUCUUUAUCACAG